CCUUGACAUUAGGAUCGUUUGUUGGAUUUGUCUCGUCUCGGAUUGGUCGGACCUCGUGGACUACAAACACAAACCGGAAGCAGCUGGAAGUGGUGCUUUGUGUGCAGGAGCGGAGAGAUGAGACUUCCUCUUUGCUUCUGCAGAAGUUUGCUCUCUCAAAGGCAAGCGACAAACGUCCAGAGGCGAAGCGUGAGCGGUGCGGCCAUGCGCCUGGUGCAGUUUCAUCAGCAUGGGGACGGAGGGGGCAUCCGAGUGGGCGUGGAGCAGGGGGAGGGGCUCGGCGUGGUGGAUCUGAAGGCGUUCGACCCCUCCAUGCCCUCCACCAUGAGGGAGCUGCUGGAGCUGGGGGACAAGGGUCUGGAGUGUGCACAGAGAGCUCUGGCGUCUGGUCAGUGUGUGUUGGAGCGAUCAGGCAUCCGUCUGCUCUCUCCCGUGUUGGCCCCAGAGAAGGUGGUGUGCGUGGGCAUGAAUUACCUCGACCACUGCCUGGAGCAGAACGCCCCGGUGCCCAAAGAACCCAUCAUCUUCAGCAAGUUCCCCAGCGCCAUCACCGGGCCGUACGAUGACAUUACACUGCCCUCAGAGAGCCAGGAGGUGGACUGGGAGGUGGAGAUGGCCUUUGUAAUUGGACGCAGAGGAAAACACAUCAAGGAGGAAGACGCUCUCUCCUAUGUGGCCGGCUUCACUGUGGCCAAUGACGUCAGCGCACGUGACUGGCAGAUGAGGCGCAACGGGAAGCAGUGGCUGCUGGGAAAAACCUUCGACAGCUUCUGUCCGUUGGGCCCGGCCUUGGUAACCACCGACUCUGUAAAAGAUCCUCACAGCCUGGCCGUGCGCUGCCUGGUUAACGGAGACACAGUCCAGAGCAGCAACACAGAGCAGUUGAUCUUUAAGACGGAGCAGCUGGUGGCCUGGGUCUCCAAGUUCGUGACAUUAACUCCAGGAGAUGUGUUUCUGACGGGCACUCCUCCGGGCGUGGGCGUUUUCAGAACACCACCCGUCUUUCUCAAGAGAGGAGACGUGGUGGAGUGUCAGAUCGACCAGCUGGGCUCUAUAAUCAACAAAGUCGUCUAAACUCAGAGCCGCUGAAAACACCAGCAGCACAUGAAGAACUGCCGGCUGUCAAAUAAACCCAAUACACUUCUAAAUCGCUAGCUUUUCACAAUAAAUGACUAUUUUCCUGGUAA